ACCUUAGUGGGUCAGGCAUCAUCUCACAAUGACAUGGAUCGAUGGUAUUUUGGGUUGGGACCUUCUGAACAUGGGCUCUGACCUGAAACGUUGCUUAAAACGCCGCAGCGAGACUCCUGACGGGCACCCGAAAAAGGGACCACAUCACCCCGAUCCUGGCCUCUCUCCGCUGGCUCUCUGUGCGGUUCCGUAUACAUUUCAAGACCCUCCUCUAUGUCUACAAAGCCCUCAAUGGGCUUGCCCCCUCCUACAUUAAAAGUCUUCUCACCCACCACUCCACCUCCAGGUCCCUUAGAUCGGCCGACUUGGGGUUACUGAAUAUCCCGCGGUCGGGGCAUAAGCUUAGGGGCGACCGCGCCUUUGCGGUUGCAGCUCCUAGACUGUGGAACAGCAUCCCCCUUCCCAUCAGAACUGCCCCCUCCAUCGACUCCUUUAAGUCGAGACUAAAAACUUAUCUAUACUCCCAAGCCUUUCCUGACGUCCACUGAGCGAGGGCUAUAUGUAUAUAUGUAUGUAGUUUGUUUGUUUAUACUAUUCGUAUAACAAAUGUAAAGCACUUUGGCCAACGAGAGUUGUUCAAAUGUGCUAUAUAAAUAAAUGUGACUUGACUUGAAUGUGACUUAUCUAUGACCCCCAAAUUCCAUACUUUGUGUGUGAUUUUGUUUGUAAACCAGUUCCUUGAAACUUCGAAUACGUCAAGUUGACAAACCUCCACAGCGACAGAUCUUAGUGAGCAGGUUGAUGUGAUAGGUUCCAUCCCAGCAUAGCAAAUAUAUGGCCUUCAGCAAACACGUUGAUGUCUAUUUCAAGAAUGCACAGUAUUACCUUGAACUCCUUUGCCAAGUGUUUGUAAGUAGUUGGUGUCACUCAGGAUUUAUUUCUCUAUCCUCUGGUGCGUGCACAUUGGAGUGGCAGGUGGGGAAACAUUUCUCACUUAAAUUGGAAGAUAAGCUAAUGGAUUGAAUUUUGUGUACUUAUCUUCUGCAGAAGAGUUAGAAGUUAUAUAUUUGGUAAGCCAGAAGUUGAUUGAAAAGGUUGUAAGUUUAGCAACCACUUUAGGUUUUAAAUAAAAUCCAGAUUAAUAUUUCAGUGUAAAACUGGAGAUCAUUGGGUUUUGGAUUGUAAUCCUUCAGUCAAGAUAUUCAAUCAAUGUUUUAAUUUCCCCUUUCAGAUGAUGAUAAUGUUCCAGUGCAUACUCAAAGACUCAAGAACUCAAAGAGCACACUCAAAUUUUCUUAAUGUCUUGGGCAAUAUUCUUUCCUUAACAAACACCAAUAAAUAUUUUUUCCCUGACCUCACCAUCAAGGGUGCCACGGUGGUGCCUCUGGUCGAGCUACUGCAUCAUAGCACCAGAAACCUGGGUUCGAGCCUGACCUCUGGUGCUGUCUGUGUGGGAUUUGCAUGUUCUCUCUGCAAUCACAUGGGUUUUCUCUGGGUGCUCCAGUCUCCUCCCCCAUCACUAAAAUGUGCGGGUUUUAUAGGUAAAUUGACCUCAGUAAAAUAGUCUCUGUAAAAAUAUGUAUGGAUUGGAUGAGAAAGUGGGAUGGCAGUUAGUGUGAAAGGGUGAUCGAUGAUCAGCCUGGACUCAGUAGACUGAAGGGCCUGUUUCCAUGCUAUAUCUCUAAACUGAACUAAACUAAAAAACAGUCUUUCAUAUUGUUUGUGUGAAAUUGUGAUCCUGUUUGCCAUUGUUAGAACAGUAAUUAGACCAAGAAAAUCACAGUUCCAUUUUCGCCCUGACACCAAAAUGUUAAGACUUAUAUUCUGUUAAAGGAAACCAGUGUUUCUUUCUUUGUACCUCAGUAUAUCUUGGAAUGCUAUUUGACAGGCAAGGGUACAAAAUAUAGACCCUACCCCUUGUCAAACAGCUCCACCACAAGCCACAUGCAGAAAUAAUUAGACAGUGAAGAGCAGGAAUGAUUCUGGGUUUUCUGCUCUCUGAUCAUUGGUUCAGGUUCAGACAGCAUGAAAUGCCUGAUCAACCUUGUGCACCUACUGAUUCUUUAACGACUUUAGUGGUCGGGGGAGUUCAAUCUUCAGCACUUCGUCGAAUUGGACGAAAAAGUACCUCAGAAAUAAUGACAUAAGCAGUGACCAAUUAUAAUUGUUUAUGCAUUUAGUAAUUCCUCCUGCUCCUCGCUCCCGUCUGGUAGAAGAUAUGAAAGUGCGCACAGCCAGACUUGGGAACAGUUUCUUCCCCUCAGACUUGUGAAUGGUCCUUUCACGAGCCAGGUGCUGUCCGAUUCUCCUCUACCUCAUUGCGGACAGUGGACUUUGUCUCUGGAACUGUUGCCUGACAAUGCUGAGAACUAUAUUCUGCACUGUGCCCAUCCCUCCACUCUACCUAUUGUACUUGAGAUUGGCCUGAUUGUAUUUAUGUAUAGUAUUGUCUGAUUUGAAUGGAUAGCAUGCAAAACAAAACUUGUCACUGUACCUUGGUACACUUGACAAUAAAGAACCUUAAACUAAACCUGGUCUUAUAAAGGUGAUGCUGUACUAUAUGAUUUUUUAACAAAAUGUUUUGUAUUUUUAAAAAUCUUCUGUUUAGGAUGAUCUCUCAACGACUGAUUCCCAUGUCUUUGAAUCUUUGAUUCCAUAUGAUUCAGACCUAACAAUUCAAGAGUCUUGUCACACUUACCAGCUUCUGCAGCCUCCGGAACUAUCUACAGAGCUUACUUCAGCAGAUCUUAGUUUCCUCAGUGAUGACCCAGAUCAACAGAAUGAUGAUGAUGAUGGAAAAGACUCUAACAAUCAGCAGCAAAUGGUAACGCAGAGCCAACUGCUGUCAGACGUUGAGCAUAGUGAUGAUAUUGAUGCUGGACUUGGACAUGACAUUAGCCAAUUGCCAAACCAAUCAACAAACGAAGGAAUUGCUACUCCAGUUGAUUAUGAAUCAUCAUCAAUGUGCCCAAUGACUCCCAUGACACCUGUAACACCAAUGACCCCAGUAGAAAGUUCUGGAAUAUGCCCACAGUUACAAAACAUUGUUUCUACUGUUAAUAUGGACUGCAGAUUGGACCUGAAGAGAAUAGCACUUCAAGCAAGAAAUGCAGAAUAUAAUCCAAAGCGGUUUGCUGCAGUGAUAAUGCGAAUAAGAGAACCCAGAACGACAGCUCUAAUCUUCAGUUCAGGCAAGAUGGUAUGCACAGGAGCUAAAAGUGAAGAACAAUCCCGAUUAGCAGCUAGAAAAUUUGCUCGUGUUGUUCAGAAACUUGGAUUUCCAGCAACAUUUCUUGAUUUUAAAAUCCAGAACAUGGUUGGAAGCUGUGAUGUGAAAUUCCCCAUCAGAUUAGAGGGUUUGGUUCUUACCCACCAACAGUUCAGCAGCUACGAACCAGAAUUGUUCCCGGGUCUUAUUUACAGAAUGGUUAAACCAAGAAUUGUUUUGCUCAUAUUUGUUUCUGGCAAGGUUGUUUUGACAGGUGCCAAAGUACGUUCGGAAAUCUAUGAAGCAUUUGAGAACAUCUAUCCCAUCUUAAAAGGAUUUAAGAAGGCGUAGUGGCAAAAACGGGAUCUUCUAGAGACAUCUUGAUACAGUCAGUUCUUUACAUAUCUUUGUGAGAACUGAAAUCAAUGCACAUUGCUGUGCAUAUGAGUGAAAAAUGAAAUUUUUGGGGCCACACCAGAUGUCAUUCACAAAUUCCAGAGAUAUAUAUUCAGAGGUUAGUUGGGAAGUGGGGAGGGGGUUCCACAUUUGAAUUCAAACAACA